UCUCACACCGCUCCUGAUCCUGCCUCUCCCUCUGGUUAUCCCUACGAGUGAGGCUCGCUGUGGCUAUGCCAUCAUCCUGAUGGCUCUGUACUGGUGUACAGAGUGCAUACCCCUGGCUAUGACUGCUCUCCUGCCCGUCAUUCUCUUCCCUAUGAUGGGCAUCAUGACGUCUGGAGCGGUGUGUGUUCAGUAUCUCACGGACUCCAACAUGUUGUUCAUCGGGGGUCUUCUGGUGGCCAUCGCCGUCGAGAACUGGAACCUCCACAAACGCAUCGCCCUCCGAGUGCUGCUCCUGGUGGGUGUGCGACCUGCACUGUUGAUGAUGGGCUUCAUGGGGGUGACGGCCUUCCUGUCCAUGUGGAUCAGCAACACGGCCACCACGGCCAUGAUGCUGCCCAUCGCCCAGGCGGUGCUGGAGCAGCUGUGUGCUACUGAGGCCAGUGCCGAUGAGAGGGAGCUGGGGAACACCGGCAAUGACAACCAGGCCUUCGAGCUGGAGACCAAGACGUCCAAGGAGGACAUCGUCAAGACUCAACUGAGUGAUAUGACUGUGACCAGGGAUGAGGAGAGGGAUGUGGACUCCAUCCUGGAGGUGAGGAAGAAGGCCAGGGAUCUGAAGUACCUCCUCCUGACCAAAGGGAUGAGUCUCAGUGUGUGUUACUCAGCCAGCAUAGGAGGCACGGCCACCCUCACCGGCACCACCCCCAACCUCAUCCUGAAGGGACAAGUGGACAAGCUCUUCCCUGCAAACAAUGAUGUGGUCAACUUCGCCAGCUGGUUCGGCUUUGCCUUCCCCAACAUGGUGAUCAUGCUGAGCCUGUCCUGGCUCUGGCUGCAAUUCAUGUACAUGGGCCUCAACAUGAAGAAGUCAUUUGGCUGUGGCAGUAAGAACGAGGGAGAUAAGGAGGCGUACGAGGUGAUGAAGGAGGAGUACAGGAAACUGGGGAGAAUGUCCUUUGCCGAGGGAGGCGUUCUGACCAUCUUCGUCUUGCUGGUUGUGAUGUGGUUCACCAGAGAACCAGGCUUCAUGCCAGGCUGGGCCACAAACCUGUUCAACAAAGAUGGACAGUAUGUGACAGAUGGGACGGUGGCCAUCUUCAUGUCAACCCUCUUCUUCGUCGUCCCGUCACGUCUGCCCCGGUUUGGCUGCUGUGGGGGAUCCCAGGGUGAGGAGGUGGAAGAGGGAGGGGAACCAGUUGUGAAGGAGGCCCCCCCUAUGCUGCUGAACUGGAAGGUGGUCCACGAGCGCAUGCCCUGGAACAUCAUCCUGCUGCUCGGAGGGGGCUUCGCUCUGGCCGCUGGCAGUGAGGAGUCUGGUCUGUCCCAGUGGCUGGGGGAUAGUUUGUCUCCCCUGCAGAGUAUCCCUCCCUUCGCCAUCUCUCUGCUGCUGUGCCUGCUGGUGGGGACCUUCACUGAGUGCUCCAGCAACACCGCUACUACCACACUGUUCCUACCCAUCCUGGCAUCCAUGGCCACAGCAAUCAAGCUGCACCCCCUGUAUGUGAUGAUCCCCUGCACCAUCUCUGCCUCUCUGGCCUUCAUGCUGCCUGUGGCCACCCCUCCCAACGCCAUUGCCUUCUCUUACGGAAACCUCAAAGUUAUCGAUAUGGUAAAGGCAGGUUUCAUACUGAACAUCAUUGGGAUUCUGUCUGUAAACCUCGGUAUCAAUACCUGGGGAUCAGCUAUGUUCAAGCUGAACACCUUCCCUGACUGGGCCAACGUCACCCAUGGAAAACCCUGAGGGAUAGGGAGAGAAAGAGAGGUCGAGUGAGAGAAGAGAGAAAU